AUGCCAAGGGGAGCCCUGUCAAGAGGAGGUCAAGUUGGGCGAGGACAACAGAGAGGUGCCUCACAAGGAGGCUCGACAUCAGCUCCUCGUGUUUCCUGCGGAUAUUAUGGGAAGUCGAAUCACACAGAGGACAAUUGUUGGAGGAAAGAAAGAAAAUACUUGUGCUGUGGAAGUGCCGAGCAUCAGAUUGCCAAUUGUCUAGUUCCACCUCGAGAAGAGAGUGGGAACCGGCAGUCAACCAAGACAAACCCUAAACAGUCGAAAGUGGAAUGGACUAGAACAAAGGUGCCGGCUCGGGUGUACGCGCUAGCGCAAUAUCAGGUCCCUGAUUCAUCUGAGAUCGUAGAAGGUAAGAUCCCUGUAUUCCACCAUUUAGCUAAGAUUUUAAUUGAUCCUGGUGCUACCCAUUCCUUUGUCAACCCCAAUUUUAUAUGUAAAAUUGAUGUGAACCCUACUAGAUUGCCAUAUGAUCUAGAAGUUAGUACUCCUACGGAUGAUCAACGUUUGAUCACCAGUAUGAUUUAUAAGAAUUGUGAAAUUUGGAUUGGAGAGAGAAAACUAUUGGGGGAUCUAAUAAGUUUUUAG